AUGAAGAUGUGGUUUUUCCUGUGCAUUUUAAUUGUUGUGAUCCAUUCCAACAGUUAUUGCUAUAGAAGUAAUUACCAAGGUGUAGGAAACCAAAAUCAAAGAGGCCAAGAAAACCAAAAUGUUGCACAGAAUGCUGUAAGGAGCAGUGUUUGCCGGUUUGCAUGCUGUUUCUACAAAGAGAUUUCUUCUCAGGAAAACAGUGGGAAUAUUUUCUUCUCUCCUUUGAGCAUCUCUACUGCCUUUGCAAUGCUGACUUUGGGUUCCAGAUCAGACACUCUGACACAGAUUCUUAGGGUCCUUAGCUUUAAUCCACGUGAGAUUUCUGAAAAUGAAAUACAUGAAGGUUAUCGGCAACUCAUGCAAAUGGUAAACAGAAAGAAUGGGGGGUUACAACUAAAUAUGGGAAAUGUCUUGUUUGUGCUUGACAAGCUGAAGCCACAAGAGAAAUUCUUAAGUGAUCUCAGAAACUUCUAUGAAGGAGAAGUUUAUCCUAUGAACUUCAAGAGGGCCGAUCAAGCCCAGACAAAGAUCAAUGAAUAUGUAGCACAAAGAACCAAUGGAAAAAUCAAGGACCUCAUAAAUAACCUUGAUCCACUUACUGAAAUUCUUCUUAUUAGCUAUAUUUAUUUCAACGCUGAAUGGGAAAAACCUUUUGAUCCAAAAUACACCAAAAAGAACAAAUUCUUUGUGGGUGGAACAAAGACCGUUGAAGUCCCAAUGAUGUUUGGAAUGGGCCUGUUCAAGCAUGGCUACGAUGAACAGCUGUCUUCCACUGUGGUGCAAAUGGAUUACAAAGGAGGUGCUUCAGCAUUUUUUGUUCUGCCUGAUCGAGGAAGAAUGAAGAAGCUGGAGAAAAGACUGUCUUGUGAACGUAUGGCAAGAUGGAGGACUCUAGUCUCAAAAAGCUCAGCAAAUAUUUAUCUUCCAAAAUUCACUCUUUAUGGGACAUACAAUCUAAAAGAGAUAUUAUACAAAAUGGGCAUCGUGGACUUGUUCACUGAUAAGGCUGACCUGUCUGGGAUCACUGGGCAGCCCCAGCACAGAAUUUCCCAGGCUAUUCAUAAGGCUGUGGUAAAGGUGGAUGAGACUGGCACCGAAGCAGCAGCUGCCACCGGCAUGGAAAUAGUGCCUAUGUCUGUUCCAGUUAAUAUUGUAUUCAACAGACCCUUCCUAACAGUCAUAACUAUGGAGGAAAAUAUACUCUUCAUGGGAAAAAUUGUCAACCCUCUGAAAAAUCAAGGCUCUAACUAUGCAGAUUUUGCUUUUAGAUUUUACAAGCAAGCUGUAUCAAAAGAAGGUGACAAAAAUGUUUUCUUUUCUCCCUUGAGCAUCUCCACUGCGUUUGCCAUGCUGGCUGUUGGUGCUAAGUCAACCACUCUGUCUCAGAUUUUUGAUGGACUGGGCUUUGACAAUCUGUCCGAAACUCGCAUACAUGAUAUACAUGAAAGUUUUCAUAAGGUUUUAGCAGUCAUUAACUGCACUAAUGUUAACACCACAUUAAAUGUAGGGAAUGCCCUGUUUAGGGCUAUUGAGUAUGAACUACAGGAGACAUUUUUACAAAACUCCAGAAAAUUUUAUGAUGUGGAUUUUUUUUCUAGCAAUUUCCAUAAACCAGAAGAAGCUAAGAAGCAAAUCAAUACAUAUGUGGAAGAGAAAACAAAGGGGAAAAUUCCUGAAUUAAUUGGUUAUCUUGAUCCAAGUACUGUGUUGGUUCUGGUUAACUACAUUUAUUUUAAAGCCACCUGGGAAAAAUCUUUUGAUCCUUCACGUACACAUGAGGAUGAUUUUUUUGUGAACGCAAAUACAUCUGUUAGAGUCAACAUGAUGCAAAGUGAUAGCUACUAUGAAAGUUACUAUGAUGAGGAUCUCUCUUGUGAGGUGGUAGAGCUGCCUUACCGGGGCACUGCACGAGCAUUGCUAAUUCUGCCUGAUGAUGGAAAGAUGAAGCAAGUUGAAGAUGCUCUCUCCAAGGAAACUGUUUGCAAAUGGGAUGAAAAUCUUGAGACCAGGUCAUUACAUCUGCAGUUACCAAAGACUUCUAUUAGUGGGUCUUACGAUGUUCAAAAACUGUUCAAGGAAAUGGGCAUUACCGAAGUAUUCUCUAGCCAUGCUGAUCUGUCUGGAAUUAGUGGCAGCCCUAAUCUUCAGAUUUCACAAGUAAUUCACAAGGCCCUGCUGCAAGUUGAUGAGGCUGGAACUACAGCUGCAGGAGCCACAGCCAUGAUCUUGAACAGAGGUCUCCAACAUUCUGUUACCAUCAAAUUCAACAAGCCCUUCAUUAUCUUGAUUUUUGACAAAGAAACCAGCACAACACUCUUCAUGGGGAAGAUUGUUGAUCCUACUAAGAAGUAA